AUGCAAUCCUUUAAUUUUACUGUUGCAGAGAAUGAAUGCAUGAGAAAAGCUUAUUGUCCAAAAGACGAGGUGACAGUUCUGCUAAGACCGGAAAGUCGAACGAAACCUCCAUUACUUUGUUUGAAUAAUAAGAGAUUGUUCGAUAGUUCGAAAUUGGCUAGAGGAUUAAAUAUCGCUAUUUUGAGUAACGAUAAAAACGUGGUCGGUGUACAUUAUUUAAGCGUUCAAGAUAGUGAUUUUUCUGUUAUAAAGUUGUUGGCACAAGUACAUAAUUAUGAAAUUAUUGUGGGGACAUCAUAUGGUGACGUUUCAUCGAAGAUCUCAGCUGAAACGCGGCAGUUAUUGCGUUUGUUCGGUCUAUCACUUGCGCGGUACAAAACAGAGAGCAGCCUACUUUUUGUGGGGCAGUUAGGUCUAUCAUUUCCAGCAGCUUUUGAAAAGGUCGUUUCACUGGAAAUAGUAGAGCCGAAAUAUUAUGUCAGAUGUUUGAAAACACCGAUGGGAGAAUUGUCAAAUGUUACGAUACGAGUACCAGAAGCACAUCAUAUCGACGAACAUGUUGUUGCUCAGUUAUCAGCUGUAAAAGGGCAGAAAAUGAAUGUGAAAUUGGGUGAAGAAUUACCUAACUGCGGUCAUUCAGAGAAUUGUCCGGAAGAUGAAAUUCCGAUGCUUUUUUAUUCGGGAAAAGACAAAGAUGAUUCGCCUCAGUUGUGUGUUAAUGGAAGAUUAAUAAUAGAUCGAGAUCUGAAUUCUGCUGGUCGUGGGUUGAAUUUGGUUGUAAUUGAUUCUAAAACUCAUCAAGUAAUGCGUACUGGACACUAUGACACUUACCUUGAAGAUAGUUCGGCUUUAGUUUUGUUUUUGGAGCAACUCUCACCCGGAGAGAUUGUGGCCGUAAUCAGUUUUGAUGAAGCAUCGAACAGUUUAUCAGACAUGGCAAAACAUAUUUUCUACGAGUUAGGCUCAAGCCUUAUAUAUCGCCUGAAAUUUCGUGCUUCAUGGUAUUUUAUUGGCCAGAAAGGAAUUGUUGGCUACACACCAUUCGAGGAUAUGAAUUUACCGUCUGGCAGUGACUGGGCUAAACCAAUUAGACAAACCGUUUGUGUGCCCUCAGUGUUGGAUGGACUCAAAACAAUAAAAAAUCGUUUGCCAAAGGCGCAAAAUAUGCUCCGAAGACAUUUUUGUUCUCGGUAUGAUGGUUAUGAAGACUUUUGUGACGAAAGCCGUCUCGAUAUUCCGUUAGUACCACGUAGUAGUCAGACUCGUUUGCCAUCCACUGAUCCCAUUUAUUCGAUUCCAAUAUUACUUGCUGGAGGUUUGAAUAUGAAUAACAUACGGUUAUGCUUGGAAAGCAUUUACGAUCAGGACGGUAUUAAUCCUCAAAAUGUUGUUGUUGCAUUUGAUUCUAUUUAUGGUGAAAUAUCAGAUUUGAGUGCAUUAUUUCAUGUUAGAGCUUUGCCAGUCAACAACUCCGCUUCCUAUAAUGAUUUCGUGCUGGAAGGCAUCGAUCACAUGAUGACUCUGUUUCCACAUGCGCCAUGCCUAAUUGUUAUUGAAGAAGAUAUGAUUUUGUUACCCGGUUUUUUGUAUUUCCUUGCGCAGCUAUUGCCACACUUCUUGAAAGACAGCAGUGCAAGUUUCAUUCUUACGCUCAAUGAGAACACUGUUAAAAGUCGUGAUGUGGAUCUUUCAUUCGUAUAUCGUAUUGAAAAUGGUGCUGCAACUGGUGCUUAUAUGGUGAAAAAGUCGUUUCAUGACAAAUUUAUAAAAAAUCGACAGUGCUGUGAAAGAACGAAAUUUGGUUGGCUAAUUUCUGGUAUCUCGUAUAUAGCCGCUGUAUCGCGUGUUGAACAUAUCAAAACAUUUGAUUUGAUUGCGUUAACGAAAGAUGGCGGAGCGCCGAUAGAAUUACCCGGAACUAACAAUAGCAAUCU